AGCUGGCCCGGCUCCACCAGAGAAGGAACCCCGCCGCCGCCCACCCGCGUCAGGGCCGCAGCCAUCCGCACCACUUCCUCCUUCCGCGAGCCCCGCCCGCCGUGGUUCGGCCGAGCGAGCUGUGUCGCGGCCCCCGCCAUCGUCCACCUGCGUGAGCGCCGCCAUCUCUGUCCGCCUUGUCACCUCCACUGCCUUCUGUCCACCAACGCCGCCCGGCGCUCAGGCAUCAGCUCCUCGCCUCCUCCCUUCCCUCCGGCAUCCCCUACCCGCGGCGCACGGGCACCACCAUCUUCACGGACGUCGCUCCUCUGUCCCCGUCCGUCCGUGCUGCGCCUCUCCUGCCCAGUCCUGCGACGCCCGGCGGCGGUUGUUGCUGAAGGAGUUGCGGCCGAGCGUGCCCGUGCGCAAGGUGACGGAGCCGCCCCUAUUGCUGCUGGCAUACUCCUCCGAUGAUGAGUGGAGCAACAAAGACUCCGUGCAGCCGUCUUGCGUGAAGGAGGCGCUCUUCGCUGUCGGCGUCAUCCUCCGACGGCGGAGGAGAAGAAGCUCCGUGCAGCUCACCCCUGCAGCCGCCAAAUGCACAUGGAACACCACAUCUUGUUGCCCCUUGCUGAUUCAAUCGGCCUCACCAAACGAGCUCGCAAGAAUCAGGAACAAUGCUUAUUGACAAUAUAUAUUGUUUUGCCAAAUGAACUAGCUCUAUCAGAAUAUUUAUUGUUUGUUUCCAAACCUGUCAAAAACCUGGAGGCUGUUUCCUAAUCACUCUAGGAGAUUUGGAUCCAAACAGUUAUUAGGUAUAUUUUGACACAGUUGUAUGGUCAAGGGACAUCGCAGCUCAGGGGAAUAAUUCCAAUUUUGAAAGAGAUGGAACCCAGAUUUGUGAUUUUUAUAAUGUUUUAAUGGUGCCUGCAUUAGUUGCUGUAUCUGUAAGUACAAAAUCCAGUAUACUAUGAGUUCCUUAGAGGUCUGGUGUGUGUGUUAUGUUGGUGUGCAUGCCUGUGUUUUUGAUAUACUGAAGGCUCCAGCGGCUUCCAGGUGGUGACUGACUGACUGUUGACAACGAUCAACAGGGGUGCUACUCUUGAGCUAAAUCAACCUUCUGCUGGAGAUAAGAAAGGCAGCUUAGGCUUUGCCCAGGCUCGAUUUAAUCCUUGGGUCCUCCACUGGGUAGGGCAAUCAGUAGCACUGUAUUCUGUUCCCUUAUACAGUGUAUUCAGAAUAAAAACAACAAUAUAUAGUGUAAUUACUAAAUAGAUACCAGCAGUGAAUGUUCAUUGUGAAAGGAGGCGGUGUCACUUAUUGAUGCAAUGAUGGAGGACGGCAUUGCACUGUACAGGGGAAAUUUCAACUCAAUUACUUGUUUGUAUUGCCGGAUAGAAUUUAAUCCAACAAACAAGACAAGGAUUGAUUAGCCUAUGAUCAUGAUUUGGCAAUGUAGGCUUGAAGUUGAAAAACAUAGAUAUACCAAUUUCUCAAUUUUGAAAGCAAGUCCUCCAAGGUCAGGGCCGACGGGGUAGCGCUAAAGGUCAGGUUUGAUCAUUUCUUUAGUUGCCGGUAUCUAAAAAUCAAUUGAUCUUGCACAUAUAAAUUAUUUUUCUUUCUGUCCAAAUGCAGAGGUUUACAGCUUCACAGAUCUUGUAAAAGAACUACUCAUUGAUUUGCUACUCAUCGAUUUGAUAUUCAGGCAUUUCAAAUUGUUGCCUUGUUUCAAUCGAAUUGGGUGCAAUUGGUUGAUAAGGUGUAACAUUAGACUAAUUUUAGUGUUAUUAAGAUGUAAACCACUCCAGCCGUAUAUGCAAUUUGAUUUGGAUUCAACCAAAUAUGACAUCCAUUUGACUCUGAAUCAUGCAGUGUGGAGUGUAUGCCUCCUAUGCUUACCACUCCCUCUUCGCCUACUUCGACCGUGACAACGUCGCUCUCAAGGGAUUUGCCAAGUUCUUCAAGGAAUCAAGUGAUGAGGAGAGGGAGCAAGAUGAAAAGCUCAUGAAGUACCAAAACACACGUGGAGGGAGGGUGAGGCUCCAGUCCAUUGUCACACCCUUAACAGAGUUCGACCACCCUGAGAAAGGCAAUGCUUUGUACGCUAUGGUGCUGGCUCUAGCUCUGGAAAAGCUGGUUAAUGAGAAGCUGCACAACCUGCACGCUGCAAGUUGCUUUCACAUGCUUAUUCACAGAGAAGUGGCCACAAGGUAAAAUGAUCCUCAGCUGACAGACUUCAUCGAGAGUGAAUUCCUUACGGAUCAGGUCGAAGACAUCAAGAAGAUCUCCAAGUAUGUUGCCCAGCUGAGGAGAGUGGGCAAGGGGCCCGGUUAGUAUGUUGUUCAACAUCAUGAUUUUGUUGAGAUGUAUAUGAUUUGAGUGCAGGGGUGUGGCACUUUGAUCAGAAGCUGCUUGAGGAAGAGGUCUGAAGGAAGGAAACAACAGUGGAGUAGGGUUGGAAGGUGCUCAAGGAAAGAGAAGUUUACUGAUAUCAGCAUUUAUAUUUGUCGCUACCUUUGAGAGGAAAGAUGUUAAUAUAUAAAUUAAAUGGUGUAAAUUAAAUGGCUGUAAUAGAAUGGUACUUACGGACGGUGUUUUCUAGCCAGCUCGUGCGCACACGGGUUGAUUUACUAUUUAA